AUGUUCAACUCUCUUCAUACCGUCGCCCCAGCGGCGCUAUUGGCCCUCAGUGCUCUGCCGUCCGCUCUGGCUCAGGGCUACUCCAUAGAUUCGGAUGAUGCAAUUCGUGAGACAGCACGCACGCUCGCGUAUGACAUGAUGCUGUUUUACGAAGGCAACAAGACUGGCAUGAUCCCCGGUAUCCUGCCAGGACCCCCAGCCGACGGAAAGGGUGAUUACUACUGGUGGCAGGGCGGUGCCAUGAUGGGCACAUAUGUCGACUACUGGCACUUGACCGGCGACACGAGCUACAACGACGUCGUCCGCGAGGGCAUGGUGCACCAGGUCGGCGACAACCGCGACUAUAUGCCCCUCAACCACACGGCCUCGCUCGGAAACGACGACCAGGGCUUCUGGGGCAUGACGGCCAUGCUGGCCGCCGAGAACAAAUUCCCUGACCCCCCCGAGGACCAACCCCAGUGGCUGGCCCUCGCCCAGGCCGUGUGGUCCACGCAGAAUGAUCGGUUCGACGACCACUGCAACGGAGGUCUCCGAUGGCAGGCCGUCUCCACCAACGCCGGAUACAACUACAAGAACACCAUUGCCAACGGCUGCUUCUUCAACAUUGGUGCUCGCCUCGCGCGCUACACCCGCAACGAUACCUACACCAAGGCCGCCGAAGAGACGUGGGACUGGCUCUGGGGAGUGAACUACAUCGAUCACGAGAACUGGCGUGUCUACGACGGUGGCCAUAUCGAGCACAACUGCACCGACAUCAACAAGGGCCACCUUCUCCUACAACAUUGUCGUGCUGAUGCAGGCGCCGCGUUCAUGUACAACUACACCGAGACGCCAAGUGGCUCGACCGUGUCGAGAAGCUGCUGGACCGCUGCCUUACCGAUUUCUUCCCGAGAGGGAUACAUGCACCGCUGGCUCGCUGUUGUCACGCAGCUUGUUCCCGGGACAGCUUCGAAGAUUCUACCCGUGCUGCAAAACUCGACGCAGGCUGCUAUAAGACAGUGCACUGGUGGCGCCUCGGGCCGCGUGUGCGGCUUCUACUGGGACAGGGGCGAGUUUAUCGACCCCGCUGUCGACAAGACCACUGGUGCUGGCGAGCAGAUGAACGUCCUGGCCGCCGUUUCCUCGCUUCUCAUCGCAGGCGCGAACCCACCCACGACCAACGACACCGGCGGUACCUCGAGGGGAGACAGCAACGCCGGCCGGGACAGCAACCCGUUCCAGGACCCGGAGCCAAUCACGACAGCAGACAGGGCGGGCGCUGGUAUCGUGACUUUUAUCAUCCUGGCGAGCGGACUAAGCUCGUGGUACUGGAUGAGCUUCUGGGACUAA